GCAGGACUCUACUUGGAAUUGGGCGUUCCCAUGAGCCGGGUUGUGGAGCUGCUUCUCUCAGACCAGCCAGUGGCAACGGUGAAGUCUCAGCUUGAAGAGGUGGACGCCCUGGCAGAUUCUCGGUUGGAGCUGCCGAAGCCGCAGGCGCAGCAGCUGCAGGGCGGAGAGUACACGCUGCUCACAGGUGCCACGGGCCUUGUAGGCCGCUUUGUCCUCGCCGAACUGCUACAGCGCCA